GGGGGGAGGGGGCUUGUGCACGACGACGACCUAUCUCGACGGUAAACGAGAAUUCCGGGAGGCGCCGGACCAGACGGGAACGAUGAGCAAACCAAAUGCAUGGGCCGCUUUUGAUCAGCUAAUUGCUUCUCCUCUGCUAUCGACGAGGAACAUUACUGGCAGGAAACGGCAAAGACGAAAGUCACCGAAGAGAUCACAACCCAGGAGCAAGCAUGUGAUAGCUAGGGACAUCCCCGACGAUGGUCAUUUGAUCGAGGACUCGUCAGAAGAGGAACCACAUCCUGUUAUUAAACCGUUAACGACUGAACCGACGAGAACGAGAGCCGAGAAAUUGCAGGAACCAGGAUCAUCUUUGCCAGGGGACGACCGUCCGGUUUCAGAUUUGGAAGAUGUUUCAGAAGGAUCGCCAGCUAUUUUUAAUGAAACGAGCGACAGCUCCUCGACAGACGACGAUUGUUUGGCAAUCAAGUGUAGGGAAACGAAAAUGACCCCUUUAUCGUUCAAAGCAAACCGGUAUCAGAAGCGUCCCCGAAUCACGGAUGAGGAUUUAAACACGUCUUUCAUUAGUACCAUCAUCUCUCCAACAAAAGGCGAAAAAGUUCAAAUGAGCUACCGGCAAAAGCGUUUCCAAAGAGUUGUCGUUUCUAAUCAAAGUGGGCAAACUUCUUCGAAUUUGUGGACUGCAUCCCCGGCGAUUACAGAAGUGCUGGGGUGUAGUAGCCUAAAUACAUCGCGAUGGAAUCAACUGGAAACAUCUUCCAUGGAUCAAGAACAUUGGAACAUUGAAGCUGUUUCUUCAUCUUCGGAACAGGAGCGCGAAUGUGACGAUCAAGCGAGUGGGUUGAUCGAAAGCAUUAUCGAAAGCUACACACCUUCGCCCGUAGAAAAUUCGCUUCGAACGAGUCGUCAGGAUACUGCACCAUCAUUUUACGUUGUCUCACCAAAGGAAGAAAAGCGAAGGCAUAGAAUUUUAAAACAUCCAGCAGGAUCCAUCAUCGGUCGGCUAGAAUCAGCUUUACGGGAAAAGAAAUCCCGUCACAAUAUUUGGAACCACGAAGUAUCUUGCGGAGUUGCACGAUCAUCGAUGGUGGUAAAAGUGGAAUGCAUCGAUCGAACCUAUGGACGAGUGAUGCUUUAUUUCCAUACGCCGGCCGAGGGUGGAAAUCCACAGGAGCUGGUGGAAAAUAUCAUAUGUGUUGAUCCGAACGAUCGGUCACUGAAGCAACUUCAAGCCGGAAUGGAGAUUGUGCUUGACAUAGAUGAUCAGAUCGCUCCGCUCCGCAUAUCCCGCAACCGGUUGGUGCAUCUCGGCAACACUAGAUUUAGUCUCGUACGUACCGCAGCACCGGACAAUAAACAAAAACAGUAAAACCGUUGUUGGACAUA